CAGUUAAUUUAUAGGAUGUCACCGCUACUGACGCUCGCGCUAGGAAUAUUUGUCUGUCUGCCUCUGCUGGAGUUUGGGGCAGGGGCGCCACUGUCUCUCAGUGGCACAGUGAGAACACCAUGGAAUAUGACAGACAGGAUAUCAAAUGGAAGCCGACAAGAGGGAUCGACAUCUGAACAUUUAGAUGAGGCUUUUGAAGAGCAGGUGAGAACAUUGUGGAAGACAGCCUAUGCCAGUUUGUAUUGUCUCCAGGCCUCUGAAAUAUCUGAAUUUGGCCUCAAUAUAUCAGUGUUACAACAAUUCACUUUACAGCAAUAUUAUGAAGAUUAUGUAAUUUAGCGUUGAUAAGUUCAACAACACUAAAUCUAUUUUGUGCAUUGGUAAAAAUAUAAAGUAGCCUAGCUAUUCUAAUAGUUUAAUAAUUUCAGUAUUAUUACCACUGAUGAUUAUCGCACUUGCCAAUCAUUUCAGCUGUCCAUUUACUCUUGUCAAUACCUGUCUUUUUUUCCAGGUCUUCUACUUGCAGCGUCUGUUCCAUCAUUAUGGAGACAACGGGACCCUGUCCUAUAAGGGCCUGCAGAAGUUAUUGGGUAGCCUGGGACUAGGGCAGGUCAGUGUGUUGGAGAUCAGCCACCGAGGGUCGAGGCACAACGUUAACACUCUGACACCACCUCCCCCUCCAAAUACACAAUCUCAUGAUCAUGACGAUCAGGAAACAGACACCCCCAGUCCAAGGAGGCCUAUUCAACCAUCCCCCUCUGCAAACGCAGCCAGGUCAGAGACAGAUAUUACAACUGAUUUGGUCCCAUGAUUGUUAGAUAUACAGCCGCUUUUGAAGUACUGAAGUUUCAUCAUCAGGUUAUGAAUAGUUAGUUACGCAAUGUCACCUGAAUAAACUGUGCUGCCUCUUCUUAACCCCCUCUGAAAGAACCCCACACCCUGGGAUAUCGGGGUCUGCUGGAUCUAGGUCUAAAGAGGGCAACACAUUAUCCUCUGAUCACAUGACUAAGGAAGAGGUCCUUCCGUGGUCAUCCCCUAUUGCACACACUAUUCCUGUCCAAGGAAUGUUUGACUCCCUUGUGUCAAAUUACCCCACUCAGAGGCAUCUUCAUGGGAACGUGAGUAGUUAAUAAAAGACAAUUGAUCUGGUUAAUGUUUUGUGCCAAACGCACAAAGUUUACAAUUCAAUUCUGCUUACUGUUCUUGGCAAAAUGUUAUCCUCUCAGGUUUUUAUUUGACAUUGUUAUUUAAAGGGAGUUAAUGAGAAAAUCCACUAUUAAAACAUUCCCCUUAUAUAAACAGUUUCUGUGGACAUUGAAUACUUUUAACCCUUUCCUUUUCAGUGUCUGAACGUUACUCAGCUCUUGUGGAAUUUCGGUCUGGGAAAGGCAUCCCACAUCACUCCUGCCCACUUCACCCUCUUGUGUCCAGCUCUGCUGUACCAGAUUGAGAGUGGCGUGUGUCUACGCCACCCAGAGACUGAUGGGGCAGAGUCAGAAAGGAGUGUGACUUUCCUCAAAGGUGCAUUUAUGAAACUACAGUGGGGGAAAAAAGUAUUUAGUCAGCCACCAAUUGUGCAUGUUCUCCCACUUAAAAAAAUGAGAGAGGCCUGUAAUUUUCAUCAUAGGUACACGUCAACUAUGACAGACAAAUUGAGGAAAAAAAUCCAGAAAAUCACAUUGUAGGAUUUUUAAUGAAUUUAUUUGCAAAUUAUGGUGGAAAAUAAGUAUUUGGUCAAUAACAAAAGUUUCUCAAUACUUUGUUAUUUACCCUUUGUUGGCAAUGACACACAGGUCAAACGUUUUCUGUAAGUCUUCACAAGGUUUUCACACACUGUUGCUGGUAUUUUGGCCCAUUCCUCCAUGCAGAUCUCCUCUAGAGCAGUGAUGUUUUGGGGCUGUCGCUGGGCAACACGGACUUUCAACUCCCUCCAAAGAUGUUCUAUGGGGUUGAGAUCUGGAGACUGGCUAGGCCACUCCAGGACCUUGAAAUGCUUCUUCGUUGCCCGGGCGGUGUGUUUGGGAUCAUUGUCAUGCUGAAAGACCCAGCCACGUUUCAUCUUCAAUGCCCUUGCUGAUGGAAGGAGGUUUUCACUCAAAAUCUCACGAUACAUGGCCCCAUUCAUUCUUUCCUUUACACGGAUCAGUCGUCCUGGUCCCUUUGCAGAAAAACAUCCCCAAAGCAUGAUGUUUCCACCCCCAUGCUUCACACUAGGUAUGGUGUUCUUUGGAUGCAACUCAGCAUUCUUUGUCCUCCAAACACGACGAGUUGAGUUUUUACCAAAAAGUUCUAUUUUGGUUUCAUCUGACCAUAUGACAUUCUCCCAAUCCUCUUCUGGAUCAUCCAAAUGCACUCUAGCAAACUUCAGACGGGCCUGGACAUGUACUGGCUUAAGCAGGGGGACAUGUCUGGCACUGCAGGAUUUGAGUCCCUGAUGGCGUAGUGUGUUACUGAUGGUAGGCUUUGUUACUUUGGUCCCAGCUCUCUGUAGGUCAUUCACUAGGUCCCCCCGUGUGGUUCUGGGAUUUUUGCUCACCGUUCUUGUGAUCAUUUUGACCCCACGGGUGAGAUCUUGCGUGGAGCCCCAGAUCGAGGGAGAUUAUCAGUGGUCUUGUAUGUCUUCCAUUUCCUUAUAAUUGCUCCCACAGUUGAUUUCUUCAAACCAAGCUGCUUACCUAUUGCAGAUUCAGUCUUCCCAGCCUGGUGCAGGUCUACAAUUUUGUUUCUGGUGUCCUUUGACAGCUCUUUGGUCUUGGCCAUAGUGGAGUUUGGAGUGUGACUGUUUGAGGUUGUGGACAGGUGUCUUUUAUACUGAUAACAAGUUCAAACAGGUGCCAUUAAUACAGGUAACGAGUGGAGGACAGAGGAGCCUCUUAAAGAAGAAGUUACAGGUCUGUGAGAGCCAGAAAUCUUGCUUGUUUGUAGGUGACCAAAUACUUAUUUUCCACCAUAAUUUGCAAAUAAAUUCAUUAAAAAUCCUACAAUGUGAUUUUCUGGAAAAAAAAUUCUCAAUUUGUCUGUCAUAGUUUACGUGUACCUAUGACGAAAAUUACAGGCCUCUCUCAUCUUUUUAAGUGGGAGAAUUUUCACAAUUGGUGGCUGACUAAAUACUUUUUUCCCCCACUGUACAUACCAGCAAUGAGAGGGAAUGAUUUAUCGAUAUAGGAUGUUUCAAAAGGCAAUGUAGCUCUUUACAACUUGGAGCACAGGUGCGUAACUUAACAGUUAGGAUACACUAAGACUUAACAGAACCCUGGAAACUACAAUACCCUAUUGUUUAAGCAGAAUGAAUACAUCAUCAAAAUUAAUAUAAUAUUUUGUUUUUUUUCGCAGCUUUGGGAUGGAGCUCCUUAGCUCUGGCUGUGAUCAGCCUGCCGUCUCUGCUGUCUUUGAGCCUGGUUCCCCUUCUGCCCCCUGCCCGCCUACGCUCCUUCCUCUGCCCAAUGACAGCCUUGGCUGUGGGGACGCUGUGUGGCGAUGCCAUGCUGCAUCUCCUGCCUCACGUAAACACCCUUCCAAACUGUCAAACACUACAUGCAUACCAGUGCUACUGUCUCUGUUUAGUCAUGGAGGGUUAAGUUGUAAAAUCUAGUAGUAAAUGUAAGUCUAAAAUUAAACACGUUGUAUCUGUGUCCUGCAGGCCAAGACUGGGCCACUCUCAAGCCACUCUGAAGAACAGGACUCCAUACUGAAGGGCCUUUGUGUGCUGGGAGGGUGCUACCUCCUCUUCAUCUUUGAGAGCCUUCUAGGACUGAGGACCCAUUAUAAGGUUAGCUGGAUUUAGAGAAUAAAUGGGAGAGUCUGAAGUUGUCACUGUUUUAUGAUACACUGUGCAUAGCAGUCAUUGGGAGAUUCUCAAUUGCAUACUUCUUCGGUCCUCCUCUCUCCUCACCUCCUUCUCAAAACCCAUUGGAUGAGAAAGCCAGAGGUCCCGCCCCUCUGACCUUCUCCAAUGGGUUUUGAAGAGGUUGAGGACGCGAGGUGUAUGCAAUUGAGAUUCUCCCUAAGUCAUAUUAUCUGAUGGAAAAGAGGUUAUAGUUUAGUCUUGUAUUCCUGAUGUAAAUGUUUCACUCACAUGGACUGUUUAAAUUGUUUUUGUCAUCAGAAGGCUAAGAGGAAGAGGAUGCAGCAGAACAUCAGUCUAAAUCCUGACCCAGAGAGGGAGCUUACUGCUCUGCAGAGUGAGUUGGUGGAAUGUAAUACUUAUGUAACUUUAUAAGCGCAUUUAUGUCUGUAUUGGCAAAGUUGAACCGUUGCAUUGUAAAACAUCUUUCUCAUCUCUCCCCUGUUCUUCAGGCCCCACCAUUCCUGAGCAGACACAUCCCUCUGAGCAGCACAGUCAUGGUCAUUCACACGGCCCGCCUGGCCAGGAGCAGGUUGGAAUAGGAAGCUUGGUGUGGAUGGUGGUUAUGGGAGAUGGGGUCCACAAACUUACUGACGGACUGGCCAUUGGUGCAGCAUUCUCUCAGAGUCUGGCUGGAGGUCUCAGCACCACUGUAGCUGUGUUCUGCCAUGAGCUUCCUCAUGAGCUAGGUAGGUAUACACGAACAUCUCACCUUUCUGUGAUGUGCAUGUAAAAACAGAUGGGUGCAACACAUAAAAGCAUUGCACAUCGACAUGUCCUUCAAAAGUUUAAGCCUGGUACUAGAACGUUUCAGGUAGACUUCUGCUCUGUAAUGAGUAUGAGACUAUCAAAUGGAUGCAUUGUGUUGUCUAUCUGUGCAGGUGACCUGGCAGUGCUGCUGGGAGCAGGGUGGCCUGUUCGCAGACUGGUUCUCUUCAGUGCUGUGUCAGCCCUACUGGGCUUCAUGGGCUUGCUAACUGGCUCUGUCCUGGUCCACCAGUCAGCCCACAUCUCCCCCUGGAUCCUCACCCUCACCGCUGGGGUCUUCCUCUAUGUGGCCCUCGCUGACAUGGUGAGUCACUAGUCUACAAUGGAAGGAGUUCCACACUUGUACCCUUUUCACAUUAUCGGGCCAACCUGAACCGCACUGUGCUGGCUUGGAUAUUUCCUUUUCACAUCGUCCUUUCCAGCAUGGUUCCAGCAACUAUAGUGGUUGCGUAACCAGGCCAGCACAGCAUAGUAGUGUGAAAAGGCAUUUUACAGACAAGUCUAUUAAUUUGUUCAGUUUAAUAAUGCUGCAUUUGUCAUAUUUUCUCCUCUUGCUCAAUAGUUGCCCGAGAUGCUUCAUGGUGAUCCUGGCCCGAUGGGACCCUGGACUCGCUUCCUGCUACAGAACCUAGGCUUGUUGGCAGGGGGUGCGAUCAUGCUGUGUAUCGCUCUGUUUGAGGACCAUAUCGCCUUGUAGUCCUCUGUAGCUCAGCUGGUAGAGCACGGCGCUUGUAACGCCAAGGUAGUGGGUUCGAUCCCCGGGACCACCCAUACACAAAAAAAAUUAUGCACGCAUGACUGUAAGUCGCUUUGGAUAAAAGCGUCUGCUAAAUGGCAUAUUAUUAUUAACCUGGGUGACGUCUGAUUCAAUGGGAAGGAUAUGAGUGGAUCAGAUUCUAAAUCACCUGAGGUUCUGAUGGUGAUUGUAAACCACUGGAUUGGAUACUCUUUCAACUGAAGUGCAAAUGGCCAAUACCAAAUGACUUCUUAUCAGAGUAGACUUCGGUCCAGGAGGUAAUUUACAUUACUUUACUACUAAA